AUGAUUGGUAUUCCUGUCAAUCCAAAUUCAGUUUAUAUUCCUGUAGUACAAACUGGAUGUUUAAAAUUCGAAUUUGAUUCGACUUAUCCAGUUCAUCUAAAUGGCAUCAUAAGUCAAGGUGAAUAUAACGAAUCUAUUCAAAGAAUCAAUCGAUCCAUAUCAUCGACUCGACUCUUAUGGUUAAUCAGUCUUAUUUUUAUCGUUACUAUGAUAGUUGGCAUUAUAUUGUUCAUUGUUGGUGGUGUCACUGCAACUCAUUAUGAUUCAUAUAGAUUUCCACCAAUGAUCGCAAUUGGUAUGGCUUUAACGGUAAUUGGAUCAUUCAUUUUUGGAAUUGGAUGCUGCAGCAUACGAUUUCGACGAUUAAAUAAAAUGCGACGAGCUGUGGCCGACGAAUCAAGAAAAUAUUCAUCCCAUUCACAAACACCAUGCAGUUGGAGAUUGGAUACAACGACUACUUAUACUGGAUAUUAUGGAAAUCAACAUAGACAUCAGGUCACUUAUCAUAUCGUCAUCGAUAUUGGUCGUUCUGUCGAUCCCAACAGCGUGGUGUAUUUUCAUAAUCAGGUCGCUCCCGAUCCAAUGAUAGUUUUCAGUGGACCAAACACCUAUGCACCUCCGCCCNUACUUAUACUGGAUAUUAUGGAAAUCAACAUAGACAUCAGGUCACUUAUCAUAUCGUCAUCGAUAUUGGUCGUUCUGUCGAUCCCAACAGCGUGUGGACCAAACACCUAUGCACCUCCGCCCUAUUUAGGACAACUGAAUAGUUACUGUCCGCAAUGUAAUACAUUACGAAGAGAUUUAACAGGUCAAUUUUGUUCAUCAUGCGGUUACUCCUUUCAUAAAUAUUGA